CCGAGACUCGCGCGGUGAGGGCGAUCACUCGCAUACAGUUCUGCUAAAUCUCUUCAAACCUUCUAAUCAAUAUAAUGAACAAAGCGAAAAGUUUAUAAAAGGCAUUUAAUCGCGUAGUCUAAACUCAGUGUAAUUAAAGUUAUGUUAUAGCGUGGGUUUGUGGAGACCGACCAUGUUGGUGUUAUUUGUGAUAUAUUUGUUGGGGACAUGUCGUGCGUCUGUGGCGACGAGCUGUGACCGCGCUCCGCCCGACUCUCAACCUGCUGAUAAAAAUUACAAGCUGAGUGUAGCUGGAGAUCCGGACCUCUUCCUGCCGGGAGAGCUGUACACUGUAUCCCUGCAAGGUGUAGAUAGCGGACAAGGCCCGACGCCUUUCGUAGGGUUCUUGAUAUGGGCUGAGUUGGAUGAUCCGGGUAAUGAGAGUAAUGACGACACUCCCAGGGGUCCUCCGGCGCUCGGGGCCCUGCAGGCCUACGACACUCAGACUAAACUCUACGAGCCCUGUAAGCCCGCUGUGGAUAACGCUACCUCUCAUCCAAAGACUGAAGUACAAGUAAUAUGGAGUUCCCCAUCGACCGUGACUGAGUACAAUUGCGUCAGACUAUGCGCUCGUGCAGCAAACGCGGAGGGCACGACGAGUUCCAUCCUGUGUCGCAAGUUAUGUUCAGCUCCGGUCGGAACCACGACCAGCAAUCAACAGCCGCCGAUCCUGGAACCAUGCUGUGCAUGCGACGAGGCUAAAUAUGAGGUCACGUUUGAAGGACUCUGGUCCAGGAACACACACCCUCAGGAGUUCCCUCCUGAAGGAUCGCGAGCUCAUUUUGGGGACGUCAUCGGUGCUUCUCAUACAGCUCAAUACCGAGUGUGGCAGGAGGGCAGGGUGGCCAGCUCGGGUCUGAGAAGAUUGGCUGAUGAUGGCUCUACGACCGCCCUUGAAAAGGAACUUAAGGCCGAGAGCGAACACAUCCGCACCAUAAUCAAGGCCCGAGGUAUAUCGUGGCAGCAGGUGGCUGGCGCCGGAACUCCGACCACCUUCGCGGUGUUUCGGGUGGACGCUAAACAUCACCUCGUAUCGUUGGCGUCCAAGUUGGCGCCGUCGCCAGAUUGGAUAGUGGGAGUGUCCGCCCUGGAGUUGUGUAAUGCUAAUUGUACCUGGCGGAGGUCCAUCACAUUGCCGCUCUAUCCGUACGACGCUGGAACCGACAGUGGACUGAAUUUCACUGCUCGUCGAAAUCCGACAAACCCAAAAGCUCCAGUCCGAGCUCUCAGGCAGGAGUGGCCCAGAGACACUCGCUCGGGGCCCUUCUUGAGCUCGUUCGGUGAAUUGCGACCAUUUGCUCGGCUGAGGCUGACGAGAUUGAGACUUUACGAGAAAAGCUGUGACGUCACAGAGCCUACUGGCGUGCAAGUCCCCGAGGGGGCUGCCGUUCCCGGCGGUUCAUGUGCUACGUACGGUUGGGGCGGUUGGAGCCCCUGCAGCGUGUCGUGCGGCACGGGGCGAAGCACCCGCCAGCGCCGGUACAUGUGGCCACUCCGCGCCCAGCACGACGCCUGCCGCACUACACUCACGGAAUACAGAUCCUGUCAUGGACCGAGACUGCACUGCAGAGUGAAGUCUGACUACGAGCCUGAGGCGGCGGACUCAUCAGGUCCUUGCGCCAUGUCUCCCUGGUCGGAGUGGUCUCCGUGUGUAGGGUGUGGAGUGCGAGCUCGCACCAGACACUACCUCGCUCCGCGCGCACACAAGCGGUGCCAUGUGGGGUUCCGCGCAAGAACCGUCAUGAGUCAGGCUAUGCCGUGCGACGCGGGACCCUGUUACAAACCUCCCAAAGAACGCGCGAAUGCAACAAACUUUGAUUGGUUUUUUGAGGAAAGCCCCAAGUCGGACUGUCCGGUGACUCCGUGGUCCACGUGGUCGCCGUGUUCCUCGCGCUGCGGCCGAGGCCGGCGACUCCGCACCAGGAUGUAUGUGGUGCGGGAGACGAACCUUCAGCGAGAGAUCACUAAGAGGCUGUUAAGGGACUGGAACCAACGGUUCGCUGAACUACAGAAUUUGGAACUGCCUCAUGAGAACAUAACCAGCGAGGACCCGUCCCUGGACGCCGCGGUCCAGGAACAUCUCGACAGAUGUCAGUUCACGAUGACGCAGCAGGAGGCGCUGUGUGACGGAGGCGACGGAGGCUGCUCCGACAACCCUUCACCCAAUGAGAUCUGCACGCUGCCGGUGUCGGUGGGGCCGUGUCGGGGCUACGACGAGCGCUGGUUCUUCGACCGCCCGCGAGUCGCGUGCGAGCCCUUCGGGUACACCGGCUGCGGCGGCAACGAGAACAACUUCAGGACCCGGCAGAUCUGCGAGCAGACUUGUCUGUCGCAAGGAAACAAACACGACAACGCGUCGGCGCUGGUCGGAGUCGCGCCCAAGAGGAUCAAGGCGACUCCCUCGACAGAGGACAACGAGGUCAUGCAGAAUGACCGAGACGCUCGCGAUGUGAGCUGCGAGAUGGGUCCGUGGCUGGGCUGGAGCGAGUGCUUCGGCCAGUGCGACCUCGCCAUCAAGCUCAACUACAGACGCGUUCUGGUCGCGUCGUCAGGGUCAGGAAAGUCGUGCCAGAGGACUGUGAAGAGUCGAGUCUGUAAGCCGGAGCUGUGCAAGAAGAAGAAACGCAUGAUCAGCAAUAAACCGGGUAGUUCGUUUGAAGAUAACGAUUACUAAAUCAAUCAAUCAAUCAAUCAAUCGAAAGCAAUUACUUUUAGCAGUUGACUAAUGCGUAUACAUUGUUACCGGUAGAGUCGCUAGUUGUUCAGAUAGGUGCUUGUUAGGCUGUUCUCAUGUAAGUUGUGUUUAGGGAAAUUCGUUAGAGUAGAGUCUUAAGUCUGUUUCUAAGAGAGGGAGGUAAGUGUGGAAGUAAAAGGUGGUGCCUCACGCUCAGAGGACGGCAGGAACUAUGCGGUAGCUGGUGUCCUGGAAAAAACAUUUCCAAGAACACAGAGUGACACGCUCGUCACUCAAAACGCUGUACUCUCCAAUAUCUGACAAUAAAAUCUGUGAAAAGGUCAA